GGGCAGUGGCUGGGCCGGGCGAGGGCGGACGAAGCUGCCGGAGAAUUCGGCUGCAGCCGCCGGCGCUGCUCGGUUCUCCAGGCGCGCCCUGACCCUUCCUCUUUGGGCAGGCUCGAAGGCGCGCGCGCGCGGUCGGCGUCCUGGGGCUUAGAACUCCAGGGCCUCGACUAGGCAGGCCGCGGAUCGCCCACCCUUCCGCGAGUGUGAGUCCGCCGGGAUCCGGGCGCCGCCAAGCGCGGGCGCCACUGUAGCAAAGGCGCCUGAAAACGCGCUCCAAGCUCGAAGAACAGUCCUGCGCGGCCGCCUUGUCCCCUGCAGCCAAGCGGCGGAUAUUCUUUUAAAGAAUUAUUGAAGACGAAGUUUUUUUAUUUGUUUUUUAAUGGCUUUACAGAAUUUUAAAUUGAAUGCAGUUUGACAUGACGGCAAAAAAUGUUGGUUUGAAUUCUACAAAUGCAGAACUAAGAGGAUUUAUAGAUCAGAAUCUCAGUCCAACCAAAGGUAACGUUUCAUUUGUUGCAUUUCCAGUUUCCAGCACCAACUCACCAACAAAGAUUUUACCAAAAACCUUAGGACCAAUAAAUGUGAAUGUUGGACCCCAAAUGAUUAUAAGCACACCGCAGAGACUGACCAGUUCAGGAAGUGUUCUGAUUGGGAGUCCAUACACCCCCGCACCAGCAAUGGUCACUCAGACACACAUAGCAGAAGCUGCUGGCUGGGUCCCAGGUGAUAGAAAACGGGCUAGAGAAUUUAUAGACUCUGAUUUUUCAGAAAGCAAACGAAGCAAAAAAGGAGAUAAAAAUGGAAAAGGCUUGAGACACUUUUCAAUGAAAGUGUGUGAGAAAGUUCAGCGGAAAGGUACAACGUCAUAUAAUGAAGUAGCUGAUGAGCUGGUGUCCGAGUUCACCAAUUCAAAUAACCAUUUGGCAGCUGAUUCGCAGGCUUAUGAUCAGAAGAACAUUAGGCGAAGAGUUUAUGAUGCUUUAAAUGUGCUGAUGGCAAUGAACAUAAUUUCAAAGGAAAAAAAAGAAAUCAAGUGGAUUGGCCUGCCUACCAAUUCUGCUCAGGAAUGUCAAAACCUGGAGAUAGAGAAGCAGAGGCGGAUAGAACGGAUAAAGCAGAAGCGGGCCCAGCUUCAAGAACUUCUCCUGCAGCAAAUCGCUUUCAAAAACCUGGUACAAAGAAAUCGGCAAAAUGAACAGCAGAACCAGGGCCCUCCAGCUCUAAACUCCACCAUUCAGUUGCCAUUUAUAAUCAUCAACACAAGCAGAAAAACAGUCAUAGACUGCAGCAUCUCCAGUGACAAGUUUGAAUAUCUUUUUAAUUUUGACAACACCUUUGAGAUUCAUGAUGACAUAGAAGUGCUGAAGCGAAUGGGGAUGUCCUUUGGCCUGGAGUCAGGCAAAUGCUCCCUGGAGGAUCUGAAACUUGCUAAAUCACUGGUGCCAAAGGCUUUGGAAGGCUAUAUCACAGACAUCUCCACAGGACCGUCUUGGUUAAAUCAGGGACUGCUUUUGAACUCUACCCAAUCCGUUUCAAAUUUAGACCUGACCACCGGUGCCGCCUUGUCCCAGUCAAGUGUAAACCAAGGGUUGUGCCUGGAUGCUGAAGUGGCCUUAGCAACGGGGCAGCUCCUUGCCCCAAACAGUCACCAGUCCAGCAGUGCGGCCUCUCACUGCUCUGAGUCCCGAGGUGAAACGCCCUGUUCAUUCAACGAUGAAGACGAGGAAGAGGACGAGGAGGACUCAUCCUCCCCAGAAUAAAGACAGGCGCAAACCCGCGUUUUGCUCUCUGAUGCUCAUGUGUGUUUUUAGUGUGAGCUCUUGUUUUUGAAACGACUGCUUCAGUCUUUGCCUUUGUUUGCACUGUGUGUUCAGUGAAAACUAGGGAAACACAAUAAGCAAAUUACCUGAAGGCUGAGAUGGUUGAGAAGAAAGCUAACGUAGUGUGAAUGAAACUCUAAACAACAGAGCAGUAGAUCACAUGGCAAACAAAGCCUGUUCUCUGAGGUGGCGGACGGGACCAUCCCUGAGGAACGGGCAGCAUGGAUGCCACACAUAUCCCUUCCGUGCGGCGGGGCCAUUGUGGCCCAUGCAUCCACCCACCCCCUCUUAGAACUGAGAUGGCUACAUGAACAGCCCCUAACGGUCUGGGUCUCUCGUCCCGUUCCCUGGCCUGGGCCGCCCUUUCCCGAGGCUGACUGACCACAAGAGGUUCCUGGUGGGAGGAGCUGUGCAGUGAGUGAGGGAGACCACGGGGCCCCAGGAGCACAGAUCGAACCGCUGAACUAGUUGAAAGUCUAGUUGAGGUGCUUUAUGCAUCAGCUGCCUUAGACGGCUUCUAGAAAGGAGCGAGUGCGAAUUCUGAAGUACUUAAGUGACAUUUAGAAUAAUUUAUAGUCCAACUGAAAUUAUCACUCUUAGCCAAUGCAUUGGUGCAUAGAAUUUUCUAGGGCUACUUCUGGAAGCCAAAAUAGAAUAGUAUUUUCACGUGCAUUAAAUACUUUGCCAGCACUGCCUUUCGCCAGCAUCCUAAAUCCGGAGUGUUACAGAGCAGGAAAUUGUCUCUGUGGUUUUAAUCAGAGCUAUGCGUUCCCUACAGCUUUUCCACUUAGCACAAGACAAAGAAACAUAUCCCUGUGACUGAACUGCUUGCUCACUGUCCCAUGCAAAUAAUUGUAUGAUUUCACCCCGCGUGCAGUCUGUGAAAGUGAACUGCCAUUACUUUUGUCUGAAGAGGAGUUCAAGAAUACGAACAAGCAGUGUUUUCCUGUACAUGUCACCUCCUCUGCAUUCUCAUGAAUCAAAAUGACCACACUGGGUUGAUUCCUGGGUGAAACGCAUUUCAAACUAACCUGAUGGUUUCACAGAAACACCAGAAAAUGGUGAGCACCCCAGGCGGCUGGGCGUGCAGUGGAGCAGGAUGUAGACUCUCAUGACAGCCAAAGACGCCACUGGGAAGCACACAUGCUGGGUUCAGUCACUGCCCCUCUGAAUAUGGGUGUGGAGGCAGCUGCCACCGUGGCCAAACCCCAACUUAAGUGCACAUUCAGGCCUUGGAAAGGAGCAAGUGACAGUGGAAAAUUAACUCUAGGCCUUCGACUUGACUUCUUUGUAUUUGUCCUUAAAUUAUGCAUCUGGUGUCUGUGAGCUCAGCCCACCAAUUCUUCUCUAAAUCCCGCCGGGGGAGUAUGCAGGCCAAUGCCUGCAGUGACCAGAGGGGCAGGGCCUCACUAUCCCAAACAGCUCGUACAGAAGAAUGUAGAGCAUUAAGUUCCUUUGAGAUAAAACUCAUUCUGUCGGGAAUAAGCCAUAGUGCAGAGUGUUGAGGCAGAGGCGGAGGCAGGUGCAGGAUGACUCUGGUGCGUCCUGAGGCUGGGUGUGGAGGAGGUGGGUGGCCAGGGGCCUCCAGGGGACUUUCUGCCUGGGAAGGUCAUCAGCUGCACAGUCAGGUAGAACCAGGUCUCCUCAGGCUGCCUCCACCUGUACCUACCCCAACCUUUCUCAUCCCCGUGCUUGAAAGGGGCCUUGGAGAGCCACAGGGCCACAACUAGCUUUUCAGACCUGGAAAUACUGUGCCACAGGCCCCAGACCCGCCCGUCCGCAUUCAUGACAGGUGCACUGGUGAUGAGCGCGCCUCAGCCUCACCAGAGUGCGUGGGGAACCUCUCCCUUCUCUGUUCUGUCUGCUACAGAUAAAACAUGGGCUCAGGAGAAAAAGCAGCCAAGACCCUUAGCAUUCAUUCCCGGGGCCUCGUCACUGGCCACCCGCACCGGCACUGUGUGGGGUUUAGCAGAACCGGCCUCUGUUCCUCAGUGAUGGCCCUGGGUUCCUGCUGAGGAUGCUCAGUGGGGUCACACCGGGGUCACAGGACACGGCACAGGUGGAAGACUUAACCUGAGCAGAAACCCAGAUGGAGAUAUUUAGGGAAGUUCUGUCAUUCUUCUGCUUCUUCCCCAUAGAUUUAUCUGGUUCUAAAGUCCAGAUAGAAUUUCACGAGAAAUCAAACAGAAAAGGAUGCUAGGAAAUUGUGGUUACAACAUCCAAGCUUCUUUAUAGGAGCAGUACUUGGGCUUAGUUGUACACACGUGUAUACACACACACACGGACACUCCUCCUAGAGAGUGCUGGUUACACUCUGCUCUGGGAGAAGUUCAAGAGGCCUUGUUCCCUCAAGGUCCAGUGUAGUUGGUAACCUUUGCUGUGCAUAGUACCCCCCAGUCAGUGCAUUCAUGACCUGUUCCAUAUUCACGCAGGUGGCACCCAGCCUGCUGUAUUUGGCCCUGAUGUGGGAGGGUCCACGGCGCCCAGGCACCUGCCCACUCUUCCUGCCCUCCCCACUGUGCACCGUCACCUGCUUCAUCUUCUCGUGAUGACGGGAUGAUGGAAGCAGCUCCAGCAGGCGUUGACAUAAACUGUGCCUUAUGAUCAUGGAGGACCUCAGGAAGGGGCAGGAAGGGAGGUGCUAAGAUGGUGAUCCUUGCCUCCCAGCCAUGCCCACCACCCUGCAAAAAACAUUACAAGUGAUGACCCAUGUCUCAGAGAAGUGGUGGGGAGAAAACUAGCAGUUGCUGCCAUUUCACCAGGAUAAAGAGGAUAACUCUCCCCGUUGGCAGAAUUGACAGUGGUCCCCAUUCUCUGCCCCACUUGAAAAAUGAUGCCUGGGUGAACCCCCAAACCCAGGAGCCACUGCAGGUAAUUCAGAGACAGUCCACAAGGGAGUGGCUUGCUUUAGCCAUGCAGACGUCACAAACUCAGCUGUUACAGAGACAGCAGAGUUUGGGUGUAACAUGGGCCCUGGGAGGUGAGAGAGCAGAGUCAGGAUGGGUGUCUGUGGGUCGGGGUCCGCAAAGGACCGCCUCAGCAGUUUCUACCAGAACCACACGCAGGAGAAGCCUGCUGAGCUUCAUGGGCAAGUUGCUUCAAGAGCCAGCCCCCUCCCUGUGGGCACAUCCGUGAGGUGGCCUUCAAGGCUGUGCUAUCAUGGGGUCCCUGAGGGGUGAGGGCUAGACAGUGAGUGAAGACUGAAUCCUCCAGUAAGUGUUUGAGUGAGAACAGAACAGAAGACGUUCAGACUGAUCGUGCUAUGGAAAAAACGACAGGGUUGUGGCCGGGAGGACAGGCUACUAUGGCUGGCAGUAUCCGGGGGAAGUGGGGAGCUGAAAAGGUGAUAUUUGUUCUGCAUCAGACCAUUGAAAGACGUCUCUUCCAGGCCACUCUACCCCACAACGUGCACUUGGAAUCUCUGCUAAAUUCCAAAGGCCCCACUGUUCCCAGCUUUCAGUAUAUGGAGUCUGUUAGGGACUUUGUAAAAGAAAACCAAACUUAGCUACCAGCAGUAGCCAUAAAACUAAGGGAACAUUCUAACCCAUGAAGUUCUCAUUAUGAGCUGUUACCUUCCAGCUGAACCUACACAAGAGAAAAGUGAUUAGAAAUGGAGGACUUUUCUAGGUGUUUUCUUCUAGUUUUACAAGCUGUUAGAUACAUAAAGAUCUACUUUUUAUAUUAGAUAUAUAAAAGAAUCUUUUAUCUUGCGUAUGACUGGCUUUAGUGGCGCUAAAGACUACCUGAGGGCCAUUUUCCCAAAUUGGUUCCCCAUUUCCAGGCACCCAAAGCAAUAGCCCCCCAGCACUGACCAUGUGUGCCAGGGCCCCGCUCCAUGUUGCCGGAGUGACCCUCUAGACAUGUGCCUCCCCACCCUCUGAUCUACAGUCCAUACAACGCUCAGUCCAUUUGCUUAACUUCAGUUGAGCCAAACACUACUACCUAAAAGGAAAAAGUGAUGUUAAGAUUUUUACCUUUUUCUUAAAAAAAAUUCAAGCUAAAUGCCCAUAUAAAUUACAUUUCUCAGGAAUCAGCCAAGAUCUCAGAAAAGACAACCUUUAGGAUCCCUUUUUCCCAUGUACUUCUUCACUCCCAUUCAGCCCUGGGAAUCCCUGACAAGUACAGAAGCUUCGUUCGGCGGCAGCAGGUAUCCACCGACUGUGCUGUUGAGACAGGAGAAAGCUUGUUCACUUAAGAAAUAUUUCUGUGCAGAUGCUCUUUCAGACAAAAUCUUGCGCCAUUCUUAUGAGGCCUAGGCUUUACACAAAGGCCCACGAGUUCCAUGCUGUCUUGACCCCUUGCUCUUCCAGCAGACUUAACUUCAGUUCUUCCUGCUUGUAGCCACCUUAGAAGCCAGUGUAGCUGAAACGUAGGGGCAGAACUUCACUAAGGGGCCCCUUCACCAAGGGCCUCAGAGUGGGGGAGAAUAUCUCCUCCACCUACCGACUCAGGCAUGUGAAACAAGCCCAAAGCUGACUGGCCCAAUGCCCCCCAGCCUCCAGGGCCCACACUGCACCCAGAAUCUCCCUCCUGGGCUACGUUGCCUCCUACACACUCAGCCCUCACCACAGUCCUCACGGAGGGCCUUUGGGUUAGCAUCAGCCCUCUGUCACACUAACUGCUAAACAGCUAAGGAGCAGGAGUGGGACUUUGCUCAUGAGGGCCCGGGGUGAGGCUAUGGCGUCAUCUCUGGGCCUUUCUCGGCUUGGAAGACCCAGGCUGAGCCAGUCAAACCUCGGAAGAAACCCAUUCCUCCCUGGGCAGAGGCCUUCACGCAAAUUGGAGGUCACCUGGCCCUUCUAUUCCAUGUUAGCUUGUUUCUCUCCAUUUCUAUCCCAGUAUAACAAGGAAACGUCACCAGAUUGUUUUGAGUUUUGAAACCCAUUGAUUUGUCGCUUCAGACUUACCGUUCUGUCACUUGUCUUGAGUCAUCUUCAACAUGAUGAGCACUAACUGAACAGAUGGCCCAGUGGUUCUGCUUGUUCACGACUGGGUCACAGAUUUCUGUCAUGCUACAAGUCUGUGGGAACCCAGAUUCUUUUCUGCUAGCAGAUUUCUCUGGGUGCAUUGCAGUUCUAUUCUUCCCAGUAGAGUCAUGGUGGCUUCAACCGUUCAGUGUCCCAAAAAGGGGAACCACCAGCCGAGCCAGAGCUCAGAGGGGACCAUGGUUCAUGACUGUGGUUCCUCUAGGUGGCUGUAUGCCCAUCCCCGCCCUGACUGUUAGCCAGAAUAGAAAGGCCACGAGCCCAAAUCUCCAGCCAGUUCACCUUGUCAUUUGGCAAUGUUGUACUCUGAUCAUGUGCUGUUAGGUUUUAUGUCCAGAAAAUAUAGUUCUGCUUCUCUUUGCAUGAAGGAGUCAUCAUGGUGCCAUAGGCUUCAAGCGUUUAAACAAGAGAAAUAAGGGGAAAAUGCAAACACCACAUCUGACCUGCCUAAUGUAGACUUUAUUAGAUUGAAGUACCUAACCUAAUAUGAUGUAUUAUUUUGUAGCAUCUCAGACUUUGUAAAUAAAUACCAUUAUUUUUAUAUGGAAAUUUUAUAGAAGAGCUAUUUCUGUAUACUUAAUUAUUCCUGGGUUUUCUGAAGUUGCAUCCAAUAGGUAAUGGACAAGUCCUAAUCUGUACUCCUGUAAGGAUGGUUCAAGGACCACCCACACAUGGGGGUGAAUUGAUGGGAGGAGUUUUUAAAUUUUGCUUUCCUAGGGCCCACCCCAGAUGCUCACUCAAAACCUCUGGGGGGAGGGGAGGGGCAGAGCCUGGGAAGCUGUAAUUUUAAUAAACUCUGAGUGGUUUUGGUGUCCAUUCAAGUGUAUCUUUGUCCAUCCUGAGAGAUUCAAAGAAGGAAAGAAUAAGCUUUUGAAAUGAGUUUAAGUUGUGCUUGAGGAAAAAAAUGUAUCAGACUGUUCUAUGAUUUGAAUGAGAUGUACUAUAGAGAAAAUAAAUAAUUUAAAAUAA